CUGUAGUUGGCAGUUCAACUUUCAGUAACGGAACCGACGACUAGGUAGAACAGAUCGGGAGCAGCACACUACAGUCUCUCACAAGCCUACUAAAGGGAUUUACUCUUCACAAGUUUACAUUUCCCCUCAGUAGAGUUUGUUUGGAUCUUCUUGCUGUUUUUUGAGAAAGAUGAUGUUCACUGGUUUCACCACGGAGUGCGAUUCUUCCUCCCGCUGCAGCACUGCUUCCCCGUCCGGGGACAAUGUGGGAUACUACCCGUCACCAGCGGGAUCUUACUCCAGCAUGGGAUCUCCUCAAUCUCAGGAUUUCACUGAGCUGACAGGAUCAAGUGCCUCCUUCAUCCCCACCGUCACAGCCAUUUCAACAAGCCCAGAUCUGCAGUGGAUGGUCCAGCCUUUGAUCUCCUCAGUGGCCCCUUCUCACAGAGCUCAUCCCUACAGCUCCAGCUCCAGCCCCAGCUCCACCUACUCCAGACCAGCAAUGAGGUCUGCAGCAUCCAAGGUUCAUACCAAGAGGGGCAGAGUAGAACAGGUGACACCUGAGGAGGAAGAGAAGAGAAGAAUUCGCAGGGAGAGAAAUAAGCAAGCAGCAGCAAAAUGUCGCAACAGGAGGCGAGAGCUCACAGACACUCUGCAAGCUGAAACUGAUAUGCUGGAGGAUGAGAAGUCCAGCCUGCAGAAUGAUAUUGCCAGUCUUCUGAAGGAGAAGGAGAGGCUUGAGUUCAUCCUGGCUGCUCAUCAACCCAUCUGCAAAAUCCCCUCAGCAGUAGAGACAGACUUCCCAAUGGCCUCCAUCUCUUCUGCCCACUCCUGCCACACCACUGAGGUGUCCGCACAGCAACAAACCACCAUCCCAGUGACAUCUACUAUUACUUCCAGCCAGCCAACUUUCACCUCCUCCAACUCAAUCUUUUCCAGCAGCACUUCCAUCCUCUCCUCUGCCACAGUCUCUGGCAGUACGGUAAAGAUGACAGAUCUGGAAGCCUCUGUACUAGAGGAGUCACUGGACCUGCUGGCAAAGACGGAGAUGGAGACAGCACACUCAGUGCCAGAGGUUGACUUGUCCAACUCUAUCUACACAACUCAGGACUGGGAGCCCCUUCACGCUUCAGCCAGUAACAGUGACUUUGAACCCCUGUGCACACCUGUGGUGACCUGUACCCCUGCCUGCACCACCUACACCUCUUCAUUUGUGUUCUCCUUCCCAGAACCAGAGACCUUCCCUACUUGCGGCAUUGCCCACAGGAGGGGAAGCAGCAGCAAUGAGCAGUCCUCUGACUCCCUCAGCUCACCAACUCUGCUAGCUCUUUAAAGACUCUUCCAGAAAUAAUAAUACUUCCUAUCAAGCACAUUUUCUUCAUGUAAGAUAGAUGUGCAGAUCACAGGGCUAUGGAAUGGACAUGUACCAGAAAUUAUUUAUGGUUUUAUUUGCCUUUAUCUAUACUUGCCUAUUACACCAAUGUAGCAAGUUAAAAAGCAUGUUUCAGCUAAUACCACCUAGUUGUUUUCUGAGUGCAUAUAUGAUUUUAUGGUGCUAGAUAACAAAACUUGUUGUAGUAUUGAUGUUUGCCCAGAGCAAUAGCUAGUUAUUAUUGAUACAGUUUAUUUUUUGGUUGAUGGAAUGUGAGAAUAAUUGUGAACUGCUUGUGAAACUUUAAAACUGGCGUGCUUUGUCUUAACCAUGGUCUGAGUGGUCUUAAUAUAAAGUUUUCUGUGAAAACAUUA